GGAGGGUUACAACGUCUCCCUGGAUGGAACUUGAAGCUGAGAUCUUGGCCCUCUGGGGCUUGAUAGAAAGCUGCCUCUCUGGGAUGCUCAUUCACUCUCAGGCAUUCCAGUUCAGUGAUCUUGGGCAAGACAACCAAACCUUCCUCAGCCUCAGUGUCCUCAUCUGUAAAAUGGAGAUAUGCAUAACCCCCUCCUCCUGGGGUCAUUGUGAGGACCAAAGGGGGGAAUAUAAACGCUCUCCAAUUGGAGUUCCAAGAUCAAGGUGCCUUUAAAGGAGGGGGGCCCCCUGCAGAAGAAACCACAGUUCUCAUUCCUCCAAAAAGCUACCUUUUCUUGAGGAUUGCUCAUUUCAACAAUCGUCCCAACCGGGUGUUUGGAGAAGAGUCCUGCCAAUUUAUGUGGAAAAGUCAUCCCAGUUGAUGUGGAGAACAAUCAACUGUAUUUAAAGCAAGUCUCUGAGAAAAAGGAAUCAUGUGGGAUCAUUAGUCUAGAACUGAAAGUGUCCCCGGUCAUUGAGUCCAGUGCCCCUUAUUUGGCCUAUAGGGAAACUGAGGCUCCAUCAGGGAUCUGCUAGUUUCACCUUGAUUUAUUGUUAAAAUCUAGGAAGAGUGCAAAUUAAAUGACUUCCUCACAGUCACACAAUUGCUGUGACUAGAAUUUAGAGCUCUCCAAUGUAAACAACAGGCUUUUGAGGUCCAGCCAUGAAUCUCUGGCAGGACCAGGACUCACAGUUGACAGACCACACUUUGUGACUUUCAGACUUCAUGAAUGGCCAGAAGCUCCCAACUUCUCCUCCCACCAUCAGGAGUGAUACUGAUACUACCAGGGCCCCAGGACCUGGUGGGAUAUUCCUGUAGAUACUAGAAGUUAACAUUCCUAUAAAUUAAUCCCACCACCCAUCAAAGGUUCCAAGGGUUGACCCUUAUUGACAUUUCCCCUGGCCCCUGCCUUGGAAGGAGCCAGUUUCCAUAUUCCUAAGAGCUACCAAGCUAAUUGCAACUGACAUUUCCAAAUCAGAAAAAACUGUUAAUAGUUAUUACUUUAGGACAUCUUAAAUGAAGGAUUUGGAAAUCAGAUUUGCCACUUGUAAGUUUAAGGAAAAAUUUUAAUACACUUAAACCACUACAUAACUCUCCUGCUUCACCAUCUCCCAAAAGGCCAUUUUAUAGUCCAUUGGUCAAUGUGCCAGCAUCUCUUUCUGGGGGAUGCCAGUGGCUUUGGUCCUCCUACUUCUGUAUAAAGGAUAAUCCUGAGCGGGCUUUGUUCGGAGCUUCAGAUAACGGUAAACUUGAGUCACUCUAUUGGAUUUCCCUCCCUUUCAGAUUAACAAAUUCAGAUUUUGUCUUGUUUGUUAUGUAUGUGUCUUCAUGAAAUCAUAGGAUUAAGAGUUUGGUGUGUGACUGGGCAAGUCACAACCCUAAUUGCCUCAGCAAAAAGCCAAAUAAAUAAAUGAAAAAGAACUUGUGAUUCUAGUCAGUCUCCAAAUCUAAUAAGGAAACUGAGGCCCUAUUGGUGAAGUCACUUGCCCAAGCUCAUACAGCUAAUAAUAAUUUGAAUAAAAGCAGAGUUAGUCCCCCAGUUGCUCUGCCUCUAACUGAGGGAAACAGCCUCUAAAUUGUGACUCCGGCAAUGGGGCAAAAGCUUCCCUUUGCAGGAAUGAAACAUCCUUAUAUUAUCAUAGGAACCAAGCUUUCGUGUGGAUUUUAAUUUUUAACAUUUGAAAUUUCUUUAAAAACAUUCUGCUUUUAUUAGUGAGCCAUUAGUGACCCCCAGUGUCACAGGGACAGCCUCUGGUUUCCUAAUAAUGCUCACAUUGAUGUUCUAAGACUCACAUCGUACUUUACAUAAUUAUCAUCACAGAUCUGAUUUAGAAGGAAUACAGACAUCAGGAAAUCUGACCUCAGUUUACAGUUAACUUGUCCAAGAUCCCACAGAUUGUGGGAGAUAGAGGAUUAAAAGGGUGUCGUUUUAUUCUCACAACCCCAGGAAGUAUGAAGUAAAAUGAUCCCCAUUUAACAGAUGAGGAAACUGAAGUGAUUUCCCCGGGUCAUCUACUAGUGAGUAUUUGAGGCUGGAUUUGAACUCCUGACUCCAAAGCCAGCCACUAGGCUAAGGUGCCCUUUCUCAAUUACUUUUAUUUUUAGUAUAUAUAUACAACUUCCAUUUGCCCUCUCCAAUGUGGAACCACGAGGUAUUUAUUCCUUUAACACUAACAGACCAUUCACAAGCUCUGACUCCUCUGCCUUCCCCUCCCGGCACUCCCCUUUCCAGAUUUGGCUCAAAUCUUCCCUCGUACAGAAUGCCUCUCCCAGCCUCCCGCUUACUGCUAGUGCUGAGAACCUAUUGAUUCUGUAUCUAGCAGUCAGUAAACAUUUAUUAAGCACCUACUGUGUGCCAGGCACUGGGCAAUAUUAACAAAGCAAAAGGGGAGCUGUCCCUGCGCCCAAGGAUCUCCCAGUCUCGUGGGGGAUAUAAUCAGUCAGCAGAGGGAAGGCACUAGAAAUAAGGGGAGGGGAAAGGUUUCCUGCACAAGGGGGGACUUUCGCUGGGACUUGGAGGAAGCUGGGGAACCAGGAGGGGAAGUGAAGAGCCAGGGGAGCAUCGAGGGAAAGCGUCCGGGAGAUGGGCUCCGGAGAGAGACCAACAUGAGGAGGACAGUCAGAGGACGUUGGCUGGGUGGGGGUGUGAGGACUGGAAAGGGGCCGGCGUGGGCAGGGGAUGAGGGCUUUGAACGCCAAGCCCAGGAAUUGGUUCUGCUGGACGCUGUAGGGAGCCUGGAGUUUAUCGAGUGGGGGAUUGGGAGGGAAUGAGUGACUUGGUCAGACUUUUGUUUUCAGAAGCUGGGGUCCACCGAAGGGAGGAUGUGAGAAUAAUCGAAAGUGGGAACGAGCGAGGAGGCACUGGAGGCGGGCGGACCCCAUCCCCGCCCCCCAAGCCAUGGCCUCAGGCCAGGCUGCGGAGAGGAGGGCCCGCGCCAGGUGGGAGAUGGGAGACCGGCUGCAUCCGAGGCACGAUACUGGUGAACUGCACGGGCCUCGGCACCGCGGAGGAGGUGGAGGAUGUCCCCUGGCCCCAGUCCGGGUGGGGGGAGCGGGGGCUGCCCUCAGUAGAGCAGGGAAGUUAAGAAGAAGGUUUGGCGGGGAAAGUGAACAUCCACGAACAGAGAAAUUUUUCUUGGCUGCCCCAUUAGAAUGUGAGCUUCCUGAGGGCAAGAAAAGUGUGUGUGUGUGUGUGUGUGUGUGUGUGUGUGUGUGUGUGGUUGUUAGUUUGUUUUAACCUUUCUCGUAUCCCCAACGCUUAGCACUGUGCCUGAGGCCCUUUAAUGAAUGGCUGUCGACUUUCGGGGUCUCAGUUUCCUCAUCUGUAAAGUGGGGGGAGGAGGGUUGGCUUGGAGGCCUCCGAAGUUCGGCCCAAUUCUAGAGUUCGGACCUUCGGGCAGCACAUCCUACGUUGCAUCCCCGUAAUCCCACCAACUCUGAGGUAAGGGAGGGAGGGACAACCCAGGUCCCCUAUUUUAUCCCUCCUUCAGGACGGACUCGGCCGCGGUUCCGGCCGGGCCGGGCCGGGCCGGGCCAGACCGCCUUUUAGUGCCGCGCCCCAGUUCCUUCCAGCCCGCUCUCCCUUUGCAAACUUUUUGCUGACUCCCGGGGCCUUCUAGGCUCAUUUCCACCGAGAGGAAGAAGAGCGAGGGCCGCCUUUGGGCAAGGCCCGGCUCCGAACCCCCUGCGGCUGCCGCGGGCACGCUGGGAGGCCCCACGGUCCGGCCGGACUGGCUGGCUUCACCCAUCCCCCCGCCCCCCUCAGUCCCCGCAGGGCAGGGGGCAGGAGGAGGACCGAGGACCCCAGGGCGGUGCCGCGCGGCGGGAUCCGACCCGCCCCUCGUCCCCCUCUCCUCCCCCUCCCCACUUCCGGCUCUCAGCCGCCGCCAGCUCCAGCCGCUGCGGGGGCUGAAGCCGCGACACUGUGGCCGCUCGGGGCGCGCUCCCCCUGUCGCCGCCGAACUUGGCCUGGCCCCUGUCGGGGCGGCCGCCGCGGGCCCCGGCUGCCUUCGGGGCGGGGCGGAGUCUGGGGCGGCGAGGGCGGCCGCGGGGCCGGGGCGGUCCGGAGAGCUCUCGGCGCUCUCGCCCGUCCCAGGCGCGGCGCUCCCGUCCCCUUGCGCCUCUCCGCCCUCGGCUCGCGGAUGCUCAGCGGGGCCCUCGCGUGUCCUCCCUCCCAGCCGUGUUGGACAGAGGACUAUGGGAGGCAGAACAUGACAAGAGUGCUGGCUUGGAGGAGAGAGCCUUGAGUGCCAAUCCUGCCCCGAACACGCUCGCUGUGUGAUCCCAGGGAAGGGAUUUAAUCUACCUGUUUCCUCAACUGUACAAUGGAGCUAGAGUUGUAAUGAGGAUUGAGUAAGAGACCGUCUGUCAAGGCUGGGCCUGGCACACAGCCUUGGGUGAGGAAGGAGAAGCCACAGGCAUGAAGGGUCUGCUUGCCAAAAGACCUCAGAGACAGAUGCAGCCAGAGGUGAAGCUGGGGAAGGUCCCUUAGCCAUGGACACCCAGGCCCUCCCCGAGGCGAGGGCGGCGCCCCGGGACUCCCGCUCGUGCAUCCGGCUGCUCCGGGUGGAGCGAGAGCGCCUGGUCACCCACCUCCACAACGUCCAGUGUCUCCUCGACAACCUGCUCGUCAACGAGUACUUCUCCGGGGAAGACGCCGAGAUCGUGGGCGCCUGCCCCACGCUGCCCGACAAGGUCCGUAAGAUGCUGGACCUGGUUCAGAGCAAAGGGGAGGAAGUGUGUGAGUAUCUCAUCUAUGUGCUGCAGCAAAUCCCGGACGCAUUCGUCGAUCUGCAGCCCUGGCUGGAGGAGAUCCGCUUCUCGUCCUCAGAGCUCGUGAGGGGCAGAACAGUCGUGAACACUGAUCCUGGUAAGCCAGGGAGGUGCUGGCACACCGAGUCACCAGAGCUUUAUUUGCCAGAAGCUCGGGGAGUUCCCGCGGAGUUCUGGCAGCCUUUCUGCUUUAUACCCUCUCUCAAAUAUGCCCCCUUUCCUCCCAACAUUGCUGCCCAUGCCCAAGUCACUCCACUUCUGGACUCUUGCAAUAGCCGCCGGCAGGUCUCCCCCCCCCCAACUCAUCCUCCAUUCCGUUGCCAAGGAGCAGAUACCGGAAGCGCGCCCCAGGGGACCAAGUUCACGUACAGGUCGAAGGAGAGAUGCUGGGGGGACGGCACCCGAGAACCUCAUGGAGCUGGUGGACUUCGCAACGAGCCUCGCCUCGCCUGGCCCUGCUGGACGACUCCACGGGGGCCCAACCGAGGAGAACGGCCCGCCCGCGACGCGGGCGUGGGCAAGUCGGUGCUGCUGCAGAAGCUGCAGAGCCUGUGGGCGCGCGAGGAGCUGGCCGCGGGGGCCAAGUUCUUCUUCCCCUUCCGCUGCCGCAUGUUCAGCUGCUUCCCGCCAGCUGGAGUUUCCCCGGGGAGCUGCCUCAAGCGUCUGGAGCCGAACGCCUGCGCCUUCCUCCGCUUUCCCCGCCUCCCCUCUUACUCGGGUUCACGAGCUGCACUGACCGACUUGAGCCCUGGUUCACGCGUCCCCCAGCCCGCCCACCCGCUGGCGCUGCUGGCCAGCCUGCUCCGAGGCAAGCUGCUCCCGGGCGCGGGGAAGGUGCUGACGGCCCGCACCGGCGUCGAGGUCCCCCGCGCCUUCGUCCGGAAAAAGGUGCAGCUGCGGGGCUUCUCGCCCAGCCACCUGCGGGCCUACACCUGCAAGUUCUUCCCGGACCGGGCCCUGCAGGUGCGAGUCCUGAACCAGCUGGACGCCAGCCCCCACCUGUGCACCCUGUGCUCCGUGCCCUUGUUCUGCUGGAUCAUCUUCAGGUGCUUCCGCCACUUCCACGGCGCCCGCGAGGAUGGCCAGCCUCUGCCCGGCCUCACGCUGACUCUCACCGACAUCUUCCUGCUCAUGAGCGAGGCCCACCUGAACCGGGCGCUGCCCACCAGCCUCGUGCAGCGCAACACGCGGAGCCAGGUGGAGACGUUGCGCUCCGGCCGGGAGACGCUGCGCGCCCUGGGCCGCCUCGCCUACUGGGGCAUGCUGAAGAACCUCUUCGUCUUCAGCCAGGAGGAGGUGGAGGCCGCCGACGUGCAGGAGGCGGACCUGCAGCUGGGCUUUGUCCGGGCCGUGCCCGAGCCGGGGCCCCUCGGGGACCAGCCCGCCUACGAGUUCCUGCACAUCACCCUGCAGUCCUUCUUCACCGCCCUCUUCCUCGUUCCACACAAGGGGGCAAAGGGGACCCGGUUCUUCCCAAGGCUGCGCGCACCCGGGCCGGGGCCGAGGCGCCCGGCAGGGAAGGAGGCCUCUGAGGCACCGUUCGCCAGCCGCGCCGACCUGAAGGGCCCCCCGACCAACCGGGGAAGUAACCAGGUGCAGGCCAUGCCCACCUUCAUCUGGAUGCUGCGCUGCAACAACGAGCCAGCGGGUGGGCUCGCCAGGGACGCCCAACCAUCAAGCUCACCAUGCAAGCCCCGCCGACUGCUCGGCGCCUCCUCCCCGAAUCAGCAGCCGCCGACCUGGCAAAACAACCUCAACGACACGGCGAAGGAGCUGCGUCUGCCGCCCCCACGGGUCAUCAGAACGGGCAAAUCUUGGAUGAAACAAGGGGCCGUGUGGGCAUCUACGUGGCACCAUAGACCAGCAGGGUUGUGCCUCUCAGUGCCCAAAAGAACCACCGGGCCUGUCUCUCUGGGCAGAACCCCUGGGCAGAGACGAAGGCUGGUGAGAAACAGCCAGACUGUUCUCCAUUGUGAGGAUUUCCUGUUUCCUUUCAGACUCAGUGUGAAUCAGAUCACCGACUGCGGCGUCAAGGUGCUGUAUGAAGAGCUAACGAAAUACAAAAUUUUGACCUUCUUGGGGUUAUACAACAACCAGAUUACCAAUGUUGGAGCCAAAUACGUUGCUAAGAUUGUGGAGGAGUGCACAAACCUCACACACCUGAAACUGGGCUCAAACUACAUAACGAGCGAAGGAGGAAAGUGCCUGGCUUUGGCGGUCAAGAAGAGCAAGUCGAUCAUGGACGUUGGGAUGUGGGGCAAUAAGAUAGGGGACGAAGGGGCCAAGGCUUUUGCGGAGGCGCUGAGGAAUCACCCCAGCUUGUGCAACUUGAGUCUCGCCUUCAACGGCAUCUCCACGGAAGGAGGAAAAAGCCUCGCGAAAGCGCUGCAGCAGAACAGCUCAGUGAGGAUCUUCUGGUUGACCAAAAAUAACCUUGAUGAUGAAGUAGCCGAGAGCUUGGCGGAGAUGCUGGAAGUCAAUCAGACGCUGAGGGACUUGUGGCUCAUUCAGAACCAGAUCACGGCCAAGGGGGUCUCCUGCCUGGCAGACGCUCUCCGGAAGAACUCCACCAUCCUAGAUAUUUGCUUAAAUGGGAACCCUAUCAAGCCUGAGGAGGUCAAAGUUUUUCAAGAUGAGAAGAGGUUCCAUUUUUGAGGAGCCGCUUCUGCCAGCGCUGUCUCCAGGACUGGAAAGAAAUGCGCUGUCGGAGCCAGAGAUGCAGCCUCCUGGGCUUGGGACGAGAGCCUGGGCCGGCUGUCGGGGCAGAGCUUGGGGACAACGGUGGUCCCCAUGGUGCAGACGCCCGGACACUGGGCAGACCAGGCCUCUGAGAGCAGCCCAUUUUGCCUUUUCAGAUAAAGGACUAGGGGACGGACCGGACUUUUCUCGCGGCAGAAUCUGGUUUUUGGAUAUUUUUGGAUAGUGUAUAUGUCGCCAGAGGCUCGUGUACACAGCCCUAAUUUUCUGUGCGUGUCCAUUAGCCGUGUUGUGCACACACUAAGCCCUUCAGCAGUGGAAGGGAAAGAAUUUAUUUUUCUAUGUAAUGGGAGGAAGAAAAAUGUAAAAGAAAAUUCCGAGCGGGCCAAGCUCGGUUCCUGCCAGUGCCUGAACCUCCCCUGAACCCGAAGGCCGCUGAGCAGUGCAGUGGAUCAGGGCACGGGGGACUUAGACAGGGAGACCUGAAUUUAAAUCCUGCUUCACAUGCUAGCUGAAUGAAACUCGGCAAUUUUCCUCAUCUGUAAAAUGGGAAUAAUGCUAAAACUUGCCUCACAGGGUGGUUGGGAGGAUCAAAUGAGAUACAGAGUGCCUUGAAAACCUAAAGUGAUGCUUUUAAAAAAAAUAUUAUGAUUAUUAUCGUGGAAACAAAUCACUACCGGCAUCAAGAAACUGAGAACCACAAUGGCAUGGGACCAUAGUUUCAGAAUGGAAGGGACCCCACAAGGGGGUGGAAUAAGCACUUAUGUGGCACCUAUUGCCUAUGAGUUGGGCUCUUUUUACAAAUAUCAUCCCAUUUGAUCUUUAUCUCAGCCCUGUGAGGUUGGUGCUAUUAUUAUCCCCAUUCUGCUGAUGAGGAGACCGAGGCAGACAAGUGCUCUGGGCCCUGGCGCCAUCUAGUCCAGCCCCCUCAGUAGACGCGUGAGGAGACUGAGGUCCGGAGACGUCACUGAGCCUGACGUCUGGUCUCCAUGCUGGGGUGGCCAGCCCUGGGGCGCUUCUGGGACUAAGUGCUCAAUAAAUAGGAGUGCUUCAUCAAA